UAAGCACUAAUUGUCUCAGAAGCAAAGUAGGAAUUUGUAUUUUAGGGGAAUAUAUAUCGAAUCAAAUUAAAGAUGUUAAAAAUAUUGCCAGUUUUGAUAUUCACUUUUUUAACAAAAAAAUCUUGUGGAGACCACAGUUUCUUUCAUGACGGGGCAAGCGAUUUUUUAGAUAACGCAGAAGACGACAAGACUGUAAUCGACAGGUUCGAAUCUACUUCUCGUCAAAAAUCAGGCAGGGAAAAUCAUGAGGCGGAUCUCGAGGUUAUUUUGUCAUCACUGCCCAUGAUAGCGCCUGAUAUCAUCAUUCGCCAGUUUGUCGAUCCAAAAAUGACGGUUGAUAAAAUGAUGGAAGAAAUGAUUUCUCACGAAAAACACAUCGAGCCAGAUGGCGAUUCUCAUGAUAAUUCUGAAAUUUUGAUGGACCAACCUUCCAUGUCGGAAAAUGAAAUUGAGGGCAUGGACCGCGAGCAAACAAGCGAGCCCAAACCUAUGAGCAUAGAUUUGAAAGCAUUUACUGGAAAUCAACCAUGUCGAAUGAAAUUUAACGGGACAUCGGGACAAUUUUCUCUGAAUUUUACUCAAGAUUGUUUGGUGUUGGUUACAACUCCUGAGAAAAAGUCUACUGUAAUUCUCAAUUGUUCCCCAAUAUCGCUGGGUAACUGUUCGAUUAGCAGAGACACUCUCACAGUUAAUCUUAAAGGUGACUUGCGUUUUGGAAGAAAUUCUUAUGUUUACUGCGGCGCAAAUGCACAAGUGAGAGCAACUUCUUUGCGACGAAGAAUUUCCAUAAAGAUUAGAAAAUCAGAUGAGACAUCAGCCAACAAUCAAAUUGCAACAUGCACUUUUCACACGAGAACGCGCAGGGAACUCAAUUUCGGCGAAGGGGAUGUAGCAGGACUUCAGGCGUCGAGUUAUUGUGGUCGGCUGGGUAGAGUAUCAAAGAUUGUUGGUGGUCGUCGAGUCUCGAAUGGACUAUUUCCUUGGGUUUCACAGCUUGAUAUUACGAGAACUGAUGGCACACAAACUGCUUGUACGGGUACCCUUGUCUCGCCUCAUUUUGUCCUCACAGCAGCCCACUGCCUUAAAAACGCCGAGUCCAUCAGUGUUUUUCUCGGGGGAACUGACAGACACGAGUUUACGGGAAGUGAGAUUGUCGUCCAAGCUGAAAAGUAUAUCUUACACAGAAAAUGGAGUCCCAAAACACUCACAGCAGACAUCGCCUUAGUGAAGCUCACCGAAGCAGUUAGAUACACGGAGGACGUAUCUCCAAUUUGUUUACCGAAGGGAAAACUGCGUCACGAGAAAUUAGACGGUCGUAAAGGUGUGGCUGUCGGAUGGGGACGAGUGGAAUCCUCGAAAAAAGCUCCUCGACAACUCUACCGCGUUCGGCUACCGUUCCUCGAUGACGCCUCGUGCCAAAGAUACUAUAAACGAUUUUUUGUCCCAAAACUUAUGCUGUGCACGGACUCGAAUUUAGACGCCGCUAUUUGUUACGGUGAUAGCGGAGGUGCUCUGAUGUAUAAAAGGCAGGAAAAAGUGUAUCAGGUUGGAGUUGCUUCUUUCAGUUUGAGCAAGAUUUGUGGGAAAAGUCCCGACGUUUUUACAGUAGUCACGCAAUAUGUUCCGUGGAUUGAAAGUCGAAUACACCAGGCGAAUAUUGACGAAUAAAAUAACUACAGUCCAAUGAUUUUAGAAGUGCA